GAGAGAGAGGGUGAGAGAGAAGAAGUGAAAGGGAGAAAAAAAAGGGAAGAAAGAAGCAGAGAAGAAAAAGGGAGGAUACUACAACUACAACUAUGCUGUGCUGCAUAAGAAGAACCAAACCGGUGGAGAAGAAUGAGGAUGCGGACCAGAAGAUUGAACAGGAUGGCACCACCAACAAACCUGAGGACAAGGCCCACAAGGCUGCCACCAAAAUACAGGCCAGCUUCCGUGGACACAUAACUCGGAAAAAGAUGAAAGACGGAGAGGAAGAGAAGGAGGGAGACAGUCCCGCUGCUGCAGAGGAGGCAACGGAGGGAGGAGAGGAGGCAAAGAAAGCGGAGGGAGAGGAGGCACCUGCUAAACAGGAGGAGGCCGCAGGAGAGGAGGCCAAGAAGGAGGAGGAGGAGACAAGCCAAGCCAAAAGCCCAGUGGCAGACAAGCCCGCUAACUCUCCAGCAGCUGCCGCUACCUCUCCCGCAGGCGCAGCGACAUCUCCUGUAGCGGCGGCCCCGGCUGCUGCGUCUCCUACGGCCGCCACGGCGCCCUCCGAACCCCAGAAAGAGGAGCCAAAGGCAGAGGAGAAAGCUGAGGAGAAGCCCAAAGAGGUGGAGGCUCCAGCGGCGGCAGCCAAGAGUCCCACCACAGCCACAGCUGAGGAGAAGAAGGAGGAGGAGAAGAGCGAAGAGAAGAAGGAGGAGGCCAGACAAGCCGAUGUGCCUGCUGCUGUCAGUCCGACAGCUGAGAAGGAGGAGCCCAACCAAACAAAAGAUGCUGCAGAGGAGUCUAAAGCAGAGGAGGCCACCCCGGCAGAUGCGGCAGCGGAGGCCACCGAGUCCAAGGACGACUAAGUCCAACCUAACGAAAGCAGAAUUAAGAGUAUGAAGAAUAACACAAAAACAAAAAUCUAAAAAGGUUGCUCUUUGCCUUCCCAAUGUGAGGGCAGUCCGUUUCUAUUUGUUUGUCAUUUUUUGUGUGGCAAUGAUUUUCUCAUGUUGGGGGAGUUUCCAGCGUGAAGUUUUUUGGCUCAAGCUAAUACAAGGAGGAAGUGAUGAUGAUGAUGAUGUUGUUGUUAUGAAAAACGAUUGUGACCUUGAUACCGACGGUGAUGAUGCUGAGAUGGAAGACUCCAUUUGUCACGUCUUCACUAUUUCAUGUAAGCGAAACAGGAUGAGCGCUCCCAACUGGAUCUCGACACCUUUAGAAUGCAUUGCCAAUGCCCCCGUACUUUAUUUGCAUUGUAAUGCACUUUCUUUAAACACAUUUUGCAAAUAAAAUCCGUUCUGCAGAUGCACGCACAAAAAACAAGCAGGUUUCAAAAUGCAACCCGAGUUCUCGGCGCGGUCCAAGUGCGUCGAGAGCACAGCGAACAGCUAAAGUACUCACACAUCACAUGGAUGAGAGAAUGUAUCAUUAAAUGUGUGACAUUUCCAGUUGGGCAGCUUCAUCCUGAAUCCAAAAGACAACAUAUAGGACAAGACUAUUACUCUCUCUAUUCUGCUUGAGUCAUUCAAGCUCGGUUUACACCCCUUUUACAAACUCUGUUUACUCACAUUUACAAGUAAAGGACCUGUUGCCAUUUAAAUGAUCAUAUAAUAACCUAUAGAAUGUAACUGGCUCUUACAUAUAACGAUUUGUGUUCUGCCAACCAAACGUGAGAACAGUAGCAUGAACCAUCGAACCAGAUGCAUGAUGGGAACUCUCCCUCAGAGAGGAACUUUUUCGCAGUCACAAAAACUUAAGAGGUGUGGCGGCUUCUUUUUGAUGUCUUUGGUGUUGUUAUGACAGUUUAUAUGAAUUGGAAAAAUUACUCUUGCACUGAUGUUACGAAAAAGAAAAAGUAAAAAAGAAAAAUCAAACAAACAAACAAACAAACGAGCAAACAAAAAAUACUUUUCCUAUGUUCCAGUGAGUGCAAUGUCCAGUUUCAACCUUAUCAAGGAGUUCAAACUUGUGAGAAAAAAAAAUAUGAAAAAAUAAAAAUGGUUUCAAUGUCUGUUUUCAAAAUAAAGCAAAUGUGCCAAUUA